AUUCCGAUAUUGAGCAACGUAUUCAGAGUGAGAAGGACAAAUUGAAGUCGUACGCAUCGAAAAUUGACCGUUUACGCAAGGAAUUGUCGAUAAUUGAACAUCUGCAAGAGAUUGCGAAAUUGAAUUUGAGCCUGUUGGAAGUGACCUUGUCCGAAACGAAUUCCGAGUGUGACCCUUCAGCAACCAAAACAGCCGCUUCAAGUGACAAAUCGAUCAAUACCUCUGUUCCGAAUCGUAAGCCAAGUGAGAAACCGAUUCAGAAAUUGCCCAACACAUCAAGUGGCCCACAAGUUCAGAGCAUGUCCGACGUUCAGUGCUUUAAUUGCUCAGAUUACGGUCAUUAUUCAGCAAAUUGUACCAAGAAUCGCCGUGUAAAAGGUUCCUGUUUCAAUUGUGGAUCAUUGCAACAUAUUCUGAAAGAUUGCCCAUCGAAAGCGAGCACCAGUGGAGCCCGUUCAGCCAACCAAUUCCGACCGUACAGAUUGACAAAGAGCACCGUUCAGCACGAUUCCGAUUCAGAGUGGAGCAACUAG